CCAUGGAGGGUAGUGGGAAAACAGGGAAUCUGGGGAGGCUGCAGCUGGAAGCGGUGGGAAAUGGCGGCUACCGCAGUGUCUCAGUAUUACCUAUCCUUCCAUUCAAUUCCGGAGGACGGUGGUACGUGGAGGAGGAGGACUGGUAGCUCAGUUUGUUGCACGCCGCCCGUGGCACCCAUUCCCAGUUCCAGCCCCCCACCUGUUGUUGGACCGGAGCUAUCGUUGUCUUUUAGAGCCCAUGUUAUUCCACACCCCAAGAAGGUCGAGAAAGGUGGGGAAGAUGCCUUCUUUAUCAGCAGCUAUAAUGGGGGUGUCGUUGCUGUCGCUGAUGGCGUCUCUGGCUGGGCCGAACAAAAUGUGAAUCCGGCGUUAUUCUCUCGAGAAUUGAUGUCGAAGGCUUCAUCUUUAGUUGAGGAUGAAGAGGUUAGUUAUAACCCCCGAACUCUUAUUCAGAAAGCACAUGCUGCUACUUCUUCAGUUGGCUCUGCUACUGUAAUCAUUGCAAUGUUGGAGAAAAAUGGGACACUGAAGAUUGCCAGUGUUGGGGAUUGUGGACUGAGGGUCAUUCGAAAAGGUCAAGUAGUCUUUUCCACUUCCCCUCAAGAACACUAUUUUGAUUGUCCCUACCAAUUGAGCUCAGAGGCAGUUGGUCAAACAUACCUUGAUGCCACGGUCAGCAGUGUGGAAUUAGUGAAGGGAGACACACUUGUGAUAGGCUCAGAUGGGCUUUUUGAUAAUGUAUUUGACCAUGAAAUUGUCUCAGCCGUGGGUACUACGAGUGAUGAUGUUACCAACACUGCAAAGGUAUUGGCUAAUCUUGCUCACACGCAUUCAUUGGAUUUGAGCUAUGAAUCACCUUAUUCCCUGGAGGCUAGAGCGAGGGGGUUUGAUGUUCCUUGGUGGAAGAAAAUUCUUGGGAUGAAGUUAACAGGGGGGAAGCUUGAUGACAUUACUGUUAUCGUUGGACAUGCGGAGAGCUCGUGAAUCAUCAGACCAUACAUACCGUUAGACAUAUCAUAGGACGUUCUGCUGCCCGGUUGUCUCGCGGAUCAUCUCGUUACCCGUGUUUCUGUCCUUGAAUGGUGUUAAAAUAAGGAGGAAAAUGGCCUAUUCGUUCGUCGUGGCAUUAUACGCGCCACGUUAUAUGGACUAUCUUAUCUUCUUCGAAACACCUGUAAAUUGCAAUAUCUGUUGAACAGUGUAAUUAGCAGCACCUUUUUUUUUUUUUUUUUUUUUUUUUUUUUUUUGUUGUUGAAACAACUUCACCAAGCAUUCUGAAGAAUUUUACCUUCUGGUCUUCAUGAGGGGUGGAAAAAAAAUUCUUCACAUGGCAAAAAUAUUCCUGAUUAUAUCUAUCAUCUUGAAUUUAUCAA